GGAAGUAUAGUCUUGCUUAUAUUAUUUCAUCACAUGUAGUCGCGGCUAAGGGUGUUAAAUGUCGCAAGUCACACCUCGUAUAUAUAUUCGUUCAUAAAUGUACUGACUAUCCGUUUAAGACAUUAAUUUAAUGAACAAUUUGAAAUACAUCGAUUUCAGAUUUGGCAGUUUCAUUUCGAGGAAUCCUGGGAAUUUGAGUAUUUGGCUGUUCUCACGGCACGAGGCGCCGCACCACACCACCCUGGGCAGCUAGCUUGUGCUCUGUCUUAACUCAGUAUAACUUUACCAGUAAUAUGUCGUUUUGUUUUAAUUUCAUCGUCGAUGGAAACCCGGACAAGGGCGGAAAUACGUCGCUCAUCAACAAGACUGAAUUUGCUGCAAAACCUUCGGAGGAAAGUGGCAGCCCAGCAGCGCCACUGAAAGAAGCCAAAGAGCACUUCCCACCCUCUCACCCCCAGCAGCUUCUCGAUGACGCCGUCUAUGAAACCGUUUCCGUCGGCGCUCUCCCUCCGCUUCACUACCUCAAUGAAACUGUUUUCGAGAGGACCGUCUCAGAGAGGGAGGACGCAGAGAACGUUCUGUCCCGCACGGCCGAGCAGAGGUGUGACCUCAUCUCUGGGGUGUACGAGGGAGGGCUGAAGGUCUGGGAGUGCACGUAUGACCUUCUGGAGGUGAUCGACAGGGAAGGGGAGACAUUCGGCGAGAAGACGGUCUUGGAUUUGGGCUGUGGGGCCGGGCUCUUGGGGAUAUUGUCUUUGAAAAGAGGAGCCAGGCAAGUCCACUUCCAGGACUACAACAGUACAGUCAUUGAGCAGCUCACUGUGUCUAAUGUCAUUCUAAACUGCCACGAUGAUGACACUGAUGACGGAAAAGACUGCAAACUAAAGAAGACAAAAGAUGGCACCCUACUCCCUAAAAGAAGAGCUUUAGACGCCGCUUCCCAGCACCUGUUACUAUCCAGGUGUAAAUUUUUCUCUGGUGACUGGCGCACAUUUCUUACUUUGGCCUCAAAUCAGGAGACCCCAUUGAAAUACGACAUUAUAAUGACCUCAGAGACCAUAUACAACACUGCUUAUUACCCUGCGCUUCACGACACCCUCCACAAACUGCUGGCAGCGCACGGAGUGGUCUACCUGGCCACCAAGUCCCACUACUUUGGAGUGGGAGGCGGCCUGCACCUGUUUGAGACUUUUGUGGCGCAAAGGGGGAUUUUCUCUCUGGAUCACCUGUGGGAUGGCGAAGAUGGACUUCAAAGACAUGUUGUAGUCCUGCGUUUUAAAAAAGAAUCAGAAUCACACUAGUCCUCUAAGCACUCUUGUAGCGUAAAGUGCAACUGUCUUAAUAAUAAGUGGCUGUGGGCUGUGAAGCAUACUUCACCUUGAAAUAUUAAAGUCAGCCUUAUUUGUCAGAUGGUCUGCUAUAGUGUGAAGGAAUUAGACUUCAUUAAAUUGAUAAAACCUGAGAUCAUCUGUCAGACCAUGUUAGGACACACGACCUACAGUAUGUACUACUGAGAACUCCAACACAUUGACUCAAACUGUGGUACAGGGUACCACUGAUGGUCUGCAGGCUCUAUCUAGUGGUACGCACCAGAGUUUUUAUUAUAAGUAAAAAAAAAAUUUAAAAAAGAUUAGAACUACAGUCUAUACAUAAUCAAUACAAAUGCGAGUACAAGCCAAAUAUUCAAAGUCAACUGAACUUUGAACAGAACCUGUGCGUUUCAUAUAUAAACUUAUGAGCACCACUAACUAUGUAUCAUACAGUAAAAGGAAUCAAACGAAUACUGCUAACAAGAGGAGCGGAGAAGCGUGACACGCACCAGCUGUGUCGUGUAUUCUGGGACUAGUAGUAUCUGAGGGGUGUGUACACACAAUACCAACUGGUAAGUUGUUGGGCUUUUUUUAACUAUUUCGCAGUCAAAAUAACAUCUCAUAUUUGGUCCCAAAUGCUGACAUUAAUGGGAAUGCACAAAGGUAACAUUUGAUGACGUUAUUGAGUGCUAGUGUGCAUUUGGUACACAACCUUUCAGGAAAACAAAAUCCAGGCUCGUAUUGGUGGAUGGUGGGUCUGUAUUAAUUAAAUUCUUUUAACUUGAUGUCAUUCCUGUCUUAGUUUUGCACAAUACAUAAAAAAAUAAGAUAAAUUAGAUCGCUAUAAUGUACGUUUGUUUUGCUGAUGUGUUAAAUCUAUCCCAGUGAAUAGCUAGCGUGCUGCUAAUGCUAUUUAGAGCCAUUCUCGACUUCAGACGUGCUAAUCUACGGAGCAGGCAGCCCAGGCGGACUGUCAACCAGUUGCUUGCGAUAUCUUGCGAUACUCGGUGCAUGUCUCUACAAUUGAUUAAUGGAAGGAUUUAUGGCUGAUUCUUAUAGAUCCAGGAGGCUGCUACCAAUGUAAUCUCUCGCUUAUCAAACCAGACAUCCUGUCGCAUCAGUUUAUGGUUGACAACCCCAGUUAGAACUAAUAAUAAUAUAGUACACUAUAAUAAUAAUAUAGUAAUAAUAAUAAUAAGUAAUAAUAAUAUAGUACAGUGUAAUUAAUACUGAUACUAGUGGUGUCUUUGUAGGUGUGUUGAAAUGCUAUUAAAUGCUGUAUCACCUCAAAGUCAAUCUUACACCCCCCCCCCAACACACACACACACACACACACACACACACACACACACAUACUUCCUACAUAGACAUCUUCCAGUAAGUGAGGAGCAGUUGAAAGGGGGCUGAUCCAGGUCUAUUUAGCCACACCGGGAGGAAAGAAAGGAAAUGGGCUCAGUGACCUUUGCGAGUGAUUUCCCCCGUGUUCAAACAGCGGCAUGAAAGCGAGGCUUGUUUCUGAAGUCCAACACAAAAUGUCAAUUGCAACUUAUCCCGCCUGCUCGAGGAUGUAGCUUGAAAGUGGAUUCGGGCGUCACGGUACGUCAGUGGUGGGUCUCUGUGGGGUCUCUGUAAGCCGGAUUCCAAAAAAAAAGGCCUCAUGCUUAAUUCUGGUGCUUUUCAUCAUUUGCUCCUUCAGUGGAAAAAUAAAAUGAAAAUUUCCCCAUUCCUGGGUGUGGUUUGUUGAAAAGCCACUCGAUGUGACACAUGCUGAUGUCUGUAUACAUCCUGCAAAAUAGACAUCCAGGAAAUGCAGUGAAGUAAUCUCCUGGCGCCGUUUGUGAAGAAAUAUGUAUCAAGUCUGGUCUUGUUUAAAGGUGAUGACAAUAUUUUUUUAGACUUCAUAAUAUGCCUCACCUGUUGUGUCCAUGUGAGUCAGCAUCUUGUGACCUGUCACCUAACAAAGAUGACUUCAAUGAAAAAGUCCCUGACAAAGCUGCCUUGUUUCCCU